CGAUGCUCGUGUCAUCCUAACAAUCACGAACCCCAGACGUGAGCAAUCCCAACCAGCAAAGCCGACAAAUAAAUCACCUCGUCUCCCAUUCACCUGCUUUUGAAGCUGUUUUUCCAAGGGUAGUCUCCAAACAUUGGCACAACCCCACCACGUGCUUGAAUUAUGGCCAAAUCGAAUCCCAAGGAGGUGGAAAUGAACACGAUGCACCGAUCCGGGUCGGCCAACCGAUUCCAGGUUAAUCUGGUCAACCAUGACGAGCGAACUGGGGGAGGAGGAGGAGGAGAAACGGGAGGCGGACUAAACGGGAACGCCGACGUUCCCACCGACGAGGAUACCUUCCCGGAAGUGCCGGUCCAGCGGCGAACCUCGAGGCUGCAAUCGCUCAGGCCCAGUUUUCGGGAUAAGGAGAGGAAAAACUCGCAAACCACACGCUUCAAGAUGGACGAAAACAACGGGUCUGAUUCGAAUGACGAUGAGGAAGAUAAUUUGAUUGACGACAACAAAUAUGCCAGGAGUUUCAGACAUUUCACAAGGGAAGCACUGCCACGUGUGGAUAACUACCGGAACAUCCUCUCCUUCCAGGCCAACAAUCGGCCAACGCUGGAUGAGCUGCAUCAUGCAUCCAUCACCAACAAGGAAACUUUGCGCCGCGGGACGGUUUUGGUGGACAUUGCUGAGCUGGAAGGUUCCAUAAAGUUUGGCUGGAUCAAAGGCGUUCUGAUGCGAUGCCUACUGAACAUAUGGGGUGUGAUGCUAUUCCUGCGCUUGAGCUGGGUCGUCGGGCAGGCGGGCAUUGUGCAGGGCGUAGUGCUGAUUUUGAUAACUACCGUGGUGACGACGACUACCGCCCUGUCGAUGUCGGCUAUCAGCACGAACGGGGUAAUCAAGGGUGGCGGGACGUACUUUAUGAUAUCACGCUCGCUGGGACCGGAAUUUGGAGGAUCCAUCGGGUUGAUUUUCUCGCUGGCCAAUGCGGUUGCCUGUGCUAUGUAUGUGGUCGGUUUCUGUGAAUCGAUGACAGAUCUACUGGCAACCUUUGGGCUGCAGAUUAUCGACGGGGAAGUGCAAGAUAUCCGGAUCAUCGGGUGUAUCACAAUUGUGAUACUGCUUGGGAUAGUCGUAAUCGGAAUGGAGUGGGAGGCUAAGGCGCAGAUUGUGCUGCUCAUUAUAUUGCUGGUUGCCAUUGUGGAUUUCAUCGUGGGGACGCUUAUUGGCCCAAAGUCAGACUUGGAUGUGGCAAGGGGUUUUGUAGGUUACAAUGCGUCGCUUUUCGUAGAGAAUCUGAGCUCAGAUUAUCGACCGGUGAAGAAUGUCGUCCAUGACUUCUUUUCGGUGUUUGCCAUAUUUUUCCCGGCCGCUACUGGGAUUCUGGCAGGUGCUAAUAUUAGCGGUGAUCUAAAGGAUCCGUCAAAAGCCAUUCCAAAGGGUACGAUUUUGGCCAUUGUAUUAACAACCAUUUCCUAUGUUUUAAUGGCCAUACUGGCUGGUGCAACCGUGCUUCGAGAUGCGACUGGAAACGUAGCGGAUAUGGCCAAUGGAUCGUGGGCCUUUGCCGAGUGUGCCCCUGAGGAGUGUAAAUAUGGACUGCACAAUUCAUUCCAAGUGAUGGAACUGGUGUCCGCUUUCGGACCAAUCAUCUACGCAGGGUGCUUCGCUGCGACCCUAUCGUCUGCACUGGCUAGUUUGGUGUCAGCACCAAAAGUAUUUCAAGCUUUGUGCAAAGACAAGCUAUACCCCAAAAUAGGGUGGUUCGGAAAGGGAUUUGGCAAGAAUAACGAACCCGUUCGAGGCUACAUUUUAACUUUUAUUAUUUCGGUGGCCGUUAUUCUCAUUGGAGAUCUGAAUCUGAUUGCGCCACUUAUUUCCAACUUUUUCCUGGCAGCGUAUUGUUUGGUGAACUUCAGCACAUUCCACGCCAGUUUGGCGAAACCGGUCGGCUGGCGGCCAACAUUUAGGUUCUAUAACAUGUGGCUCAGUCUGAUCGGUGCUAUUCUGUGCAUAGCUGUUAUGUUCUUGAUCUCAUGGCCAACAGCUCUCAUUACAUUCGCAGUCGUGCUUGCGCUGUAUCUCUUCGUCUCGUACCGCAAACCGGACGUCAAUUGGGGUUCUACGACGCAAGCACAAACCUACAAAAAUGCCCUCAUGUCGGUUCAGCAGCUCAACAACGUGGAAGAUCAUGUCAAAAACUACCGUCCACAGAUCCUGGUCAUGUCUGGUCAUCCCAGCACCAGACCGUUACUGGUUAAUUUCGCUUAUUUGCUCACCAAGAACCUAUCGCUGAUGGUUUGCGGUCAUGUGAACAAAACACAAACCUCCCAGAAGUACAGGAACUAUCUGCAGAGAAAAGCCACGGACUGGUUCCGGCGGCAAAAGGUGAAAGGCUUCUACGCAUACGUCGACGAUAACGACUUUGAAACGGGAGCACGAGCUGCGAUGCAAGCCAGCGGUAUCGGGAAGCUGAAACCCAAUGUGCUGCUGUUGGGCUACAAGAGCGAUUGGAGCAAGUGCGAUCCGGUUGAGCUGGAACAGUACUUCAACGUGGUGCACAAGGCACUGGAUAUGUACUUAUCCGUGGCGAUUUUAAGGGUGGCCAAGGGUUUAGAUUAUUCGCAGGUACUCGGGGAGGAAACGACGGUGAAACGUAUCGCUGAUGCUCCCCGAUCACUCGUUCACAAUGACAGUACCAACGAUUUGGAGUUGCAGAACAAAAUAAGCUCCCUACAUGGAAGCUGUGACUCGUUGAGUCGUAAUCUUUCGCAAGCAUCCGCGGAGCAGAACAAUGUGCGCGAAAAGAACGAGAAGAAUCUCAAAGCCAGCAGCACCAGUGAUUUAACCGUUGGAACGCCCCGAAACCAGACCGUAUCCGGCAUGCCGGAUCCGUUGGAUAUCAAUGCCAAACUGCUUAACGAAACGAAUCAACGUUCACUGAAGCGCACGCACAACGAUCCCGCACUUCUCUACCGAGGUCCUGGAGGUGUUGAACUACCGAAAGAGAUUCUGGACGAGUUGAGUUUGUUUACCAGCAAGAAGAAAAACGGUAUCAUUGACGUAUGGUGGCUCUACGACGAUGGCGGUCUUACGCUACUUCUUCCAUACAUCAUCAGCACCAGGAGAAACUGGAGCGACUGCAAGCUUCGUGUAUUUGCGCUGGCCAAUCGAAAAGCCGAGCUGGAGUUUGAGCAACGAAAUAUGGCCAGUUUGUUGGCCAAGUUCCGCAUCGAUUACUCGGACUUGAAACUGCUUCCGGAUGUGACGAAAAAACCGGAACAGAGUACGGUAAACUUCUUCAAGGGAUUGAUUAAAGAUUUCACGGGUGAUGAACCAGGUCAAAUCUCCGAAGCCGAACUGCUGGCGGUUCAGGACAAAACCAACCGUCACCUCAAUCUGCGAGAGUAUCUUCUGGAGCAAUCCACCAAAUCGGAUCUGGUUGUCAUGACUCUUCCCAUGCCUCGGAAAGGCGUCGUUUCCGCACCGCUCUACAUCGCCUGGCUGGAAACGCUGAGCCAGGGACUGCCACCAUUCUUGUUUGUGCGAGGCAACCAGACCAGUGUUCUGACAUUCUACUCCUAGGCUGGAGAGUGGCAAUUGAUGCAGUGUGGCCAACAGGUGUUACGAACAGAAAACUGUGCAGUUUACAUUAUCUGUUUGGAAUGUUUUAACUGUUGAUAACUCAUGAUACGUUUCAUUUAUUUUCACUAGUGUGGUUUCCAAACUUAGUUUUAUCCAGCAAAGUACCUACAUUCUAGUAAUUUAUUCCAUGUUUUCAUCAUUAGGAACAAUGUUGCAUAUUCCUAACGGAAGUGUGUUUGUUGCACUUUGUCGGUUGCUGCUUAGCUACCGAUUAUCCGAGAAAGAGAGGCGGGGUAAGGCGAUUUGCAAAACAUCAACAUAUCAGUUACAUAAUACAUGUGCCUGAAAACGAACUAACGAUGCCCGCUAUAUCUCACUAUUCCCGGACCUAUAAUUGGUGGAAGUGGAAGGGAGAUUUCCGUCAAACGAUAAACACACAGAUUCAUUUUAGUACCGUCUAAGUACAUUUAUCUACGAGCUAGUGAGUAGGAAAAGUUUUUCACCCCCCGAAAGUCAGUAUUGCAUUUCACAUAGCAAAGUAUAAUUUACCGCACAAUUGUUAAAGUUUAGCUUUUUGUUAUGCAUAGAAAUAAUUACAAUCACGAGCCAGCUAAAUAGUGCAAAAGUUGACGGCGCGCAAAUUAGAGUGGAAACCACAAUGAAUAGAGUAAUGAAAUCCGAUUCGGCACACUCCCACGAAGCGUGAUAUAAAACACUCGAGAGGAUGCUCUUAAAUCAUAGUUGUUUGCAUAUAAUUUCCCAGGGUGAUGAUGUUUUCCAGUGUGGAUACUGUCAAUGGCACUGUGAGGAUCAGAAAAGAUUUUUUUGUUUGUACCUAUAUUCUCGAUUCCUCCUCCACCAAACAAACAUUUAUGUUUUCGUUCGGAGCAGAGCCACGAAAUAUCCAAUCGUUACCCGAAGCUUUCAUAUAUCUGAGCAUCCAAUUUCCGCUAUGUUCUUAAACCAAUUUUACGAAAAGUCAAUAAAACAAUUGACUCAAAGCAAUUGAGACAAAUUUAGUAAAAAGAUUCUUCAUUCUUUUUUACGGCUUUUCACUGACACAAACACAAUAUAUGUAUAGCAUAAGGUUCGCCAAUUUUUGUCAGGCUGUUUAAAGCACGAGCAGAGGUUGUGCUUAAAGCAGCACAUGUUUAGAAUUUUUUUUUGUAAAUAUUCCUACUCAAACAUUCGAAUUCCUUUAGGCUGAUCAUUCAAGAAUACGUCGAUAUGCUGUUCAUAUUUUUGAAUUUAAAAAUAGUCCUUCCACCGCAUUACUCCCUAUUGGAAAAGUUUAUUGGUGGUCCGUUUUUUUUAAUUAACGCUCCUUGAUUUAGGAUAGGCAAGCAUAUGCAGUAUCCAUUUAUGUGUGAUGAAGACAAAAGAUUAACCAAUAAAAAAGAUAUAAUAAAAACCAAUUGACAACCAAUCGGUACCAAUUUCAUAUUCACUUAACUGGAAUGGUUUUUGUAAAUUUUUCGUCUCUGUGCAACGGAGUCUCAUGUGCCUUAAAUGCAUUUCUUGUGGGGAGAAACUAGACGUCCUGCUUGAAUGGUCUCAUUUUUGUAAUCAGCGUUCGAUCGAUAGUUAGAAGAGUAAGAUAUACAUUUCUGAAAUGCAUAUAGGUGCUUUGAA